AUGUUUUUCUUAUUAUUCUUUCUGCAUUAUUAUUAUUAUUAUUAUUACUUGAUUGUUUUUGAUGUUGUGUUUUUGCUUUUGGUGCGAAUAGCAAGGUGGAUGUCGGCACUGGAGGAACAUGCCUUUUUGGAGUUACUCAGGCAAAUUGAAAAGGAAAGAUAUGCCCCAAAUCUUGGAGAGCGAGCCAUUCUUUGUCGUACGUUGAAUAGUGCAUUCAACCCUAUUGGAAUGUACUUUGCAUCGGUUGGCGCCCUUUGCGGUCUUAUUGGCGCCAAUCAUACGCAACGGCUCUUCUGGAGAAUGUUUGGUAUGUUAAUGGGAUCAAUGUAUUCCUUUGAAGCCUCGUGGGCAUUUCAAGAGCGGCAGCCGUGCUUUAGUUUCUUUAACGACAUUCGAUCGGUGGAUGGGCAGCUGAGAGAAAAGGCAAGCGAGUACCACUUGGUGGUACACCUGCAAAGCGAUCACCGACGGCCUUUCCAGGUCCUCUUUGAUUUUUUUACAUUCGACAAAACAUCAAAAUGGCUGAUUUCAUCUCGUUCCAUUUCUGUGGAUCCAGCGUUGUGGCUUCCUCAUUUUAGAAUGGAGUGGUUCGAGGGGUUGCCGUUGGACCCACUGACUAUUUGGUACUGGGGGUUUGCGUUGUCUUAUUACAAACCAAAAAUAAGAUGA